GCAAUAAAUAGCCACAAUUCUCACUCAUUUGUUUUCAGUUUUCACUAGUCACUCCCCAACAAUACACAAUACACAACACAAAAUCCCAUUUUUCAUUUUUUUUUCUCUCACCACCUCCUAGGUUUUCUACUCUCUCCCUCGCUUAAUUUGGCGGGAAAAUCCCUAGAUAGAGAGUGUGAUUAUUUCUUUCUUUCUUUCUGGAAUCUGGGAAUAGAGAAGAAGAAGAAGAAGAAGAAUUGGAAUUAGAAUGGGGAAGGAGGAGGAGGAGAUGAGAGGUGAAAUAGAAGAGAGGUUAAUAAACGAAGAGUACAAGAUUUGGAAAAAGAACACUCCUUUUCUCUACGACCUUGUUAUAACCCACGCGCUCGAGUGGCCUUCUCUCACCGUUGAAUGGCUUCCCGACAGGGACGAGCCGCCGGGGAAGGACUACUCCGUUCAGAAGAUGAUUCUUGGGACCCACACAUCCGAGAACGAGCCCAACUACCUCAUGCUCGCUCAGGUCCAGCUCCCUCUCGACGAGGCCGAGAACGAUUCACGCCACUACGACGACGACCGCCCCGACCUCGGUGGCUUUGGCGCCGCCAACGGCAAGGUGCAAAUAAUCCAGCAGAUAAAUCAUGAUGGAGAGGUUAAUAGAGCUCGUUACAUGCCUCAGAACCCCUUUAUUAUUGCCACUAAGACUGUCAGUGCCGAGGUUUAUGUCUUUGAUUACAGCAGGCAUCUGUCUAAGCCUCCGCUAGAUGGGGCAUGUAACCCUGAUCUUAGAUUGAGAGGUCACAAUACCGAAGGGUAUGGCUUGUCAUGGAGCAAGUUCAAGCAGGGCCAUUUGCUGAGUGGCUCCGAUGAUGCUCAGAUAUGCUUGUGGGAUAUUAAUGCAACUCCUAAGAAUAAAACCCUUGAAGCUAGUCAGAUAUUCAAGGUUCAUGAGGGUGUUGUGGAGGAUGUCGCUUGGCAUUUGAGGCAUGAGUACUUAUUUGGUUCUGUUGGUGAUGAUCAAUAUUUGCUUAUAUGGGAUCUCCGAACACCGUCAGUCACCAAACCUGUCCAAUCUGUUGUUGCCCAUUCAAGUGAGGUUAAUUGCUUGGCUUUCAAUCCCUUUAAUGAAUGGGUUGUUGCUACUGGUUCCACUGAUAAAACUGUGAAGCUAUUUGAUCUGCGCAAGAUCAGUACUGCACUUCACACCUUUGAUUGUCACAAGGAGGAAGUAUUCCAGGUUGGUUGGAAUCCAAAGAAUGAGACAAUCUUGGCUUCUUGUUGUCUUGGUAGGAGACUCAUGGUGUGGGAUCUUAGCAGGAUUGAUGAAGAGCAGUCACCAGAAGAUGCGGAAGAUGGUCCACCAGAACUGCUUUUCAUUCAUGGUGGCCAUACAAGUAAAAUAUCUGACUUCUCUUGGAACCCAUGUGAAGAUUGGGUGGUUGCUAGUGUGGCUGAAGACAACAUACUUCAAAUAUGGCAGAUGGCAGAGAACAUAUACCAUGACGAAGAUGAUCUGCCGGAAGAGUCCACUAAGGCUUCUUAAUGUUAUAAUAACUUGUCAUGAUAGUUAGUUGUGUUGGUCCUGUUGCUCCCUUUUUCACCUUAGUUGAAGCUGUGUUUUUGUAAGUUA